AUGGCUACGACUUCUCUGCGUGAUUUACUUGAGAAGAUCCAAGAGUUUGCUGAGGCACGAAGGACGAGAAAGUUCCAGGACAUCGAACUAGAGUUUCGUGGACUCAUCCAUCAAUUCUGUGAAGAAGUCCCGGCAGUUGCUCAAGCCCUUGCUGUGGCGAUUCAAGAAGACAUGACAAGCCACGAAUCACCAACUCGGCAGUGCGCCUCAGACUCGUCUCGCCGAUUACCAAAACGCGAACAGGAACAAGAUCCGCCUCAUCAACCGAGUCACUCAAUUGAGCCCGCUUCAAAGAAGAUGCAAUGCACAACGCAAUCAAGAGGUUGUCUAGACAAACCAACCCCCUCGAUAGAGGGAGAAAGUGAUUCACUACAAAAUACGACUCUCGAGGACGAAGACCCAUGGUGUGAACAGUAUUCAACUCCCAUAUUCAUCCCUGAAGGCGUACUCGUUGGUUUUUGGUCCGCAGAUGCGAGUGGAAAUGGGAGGCGACCGGUAUAUUGCUUAGUUGAAACAGACUUCGAAUUCGCAUAUCUCAAAGGAAACACAUUCAUCCUCGUGCGAUACGAUGAUUUUGAUCCCCUGGAUGAAUUCGGUGACUGGCUGGGCGACGAUACCGAAGACGAGGACGCCAUGAGCCCAGAAGAAGUGAAAGCUUGGGUAGAAAUGAUGUGGGAGAGCAGAGUCUAUGCCGGACUCCAAGAUACGACAUUUGAAGAUACUUUCGACAAUUAA